AUGGUUAAUAUCCCAAAGGCCAGGAAUACCUUUUGCAAGCGCUGUCGUAUGCACAAGCCUCACAAAGUGUCCCAGUACAAAAAGGGAAAGGACUCUGUUCACGUGCAAGGUAAAAGACGUUACGACCGCAAACAAGCAGGUUUUGGUGGUCAAACAAAGCCCGCCAAAACCACCAAGAAAAUCGUGCUUCGUUUGGAAUGCACCGUCUGCAAGCAUAAGAAUCAGCUAGCUCUCAAGCGCUGCAAGCAUUUUGAGCUGGGAGGAGAUAAGAAGACUAAGCUGAUGGUGGGCUGUUGGCAAAAUGCCCCCGCAGAUAUCUCCUGCUGGGCGACCAGCCCUCAGUCAGAUAGUAACCCUUGGGAUGUGGCCAAUGCCAACGAGGUAGCUUGUACCUCUUUGGAGGGGUCUGCCCCAAGCUCCGAACUAAAUUUGGAAAAGCUGCCGACCUCUAAAUCCAAUUGCCAAAGGCGAAUAGCGUCUUCUCCCGGCCCCUCUCGUGCAAAUAAGAACUGCAUUUCAUCUUUUUUGUCUCGUACUGCCAAGAGUGAGAGAAAUGACGAUACGGUUACCGAAAUUUUACAAGAAUCUCCAAACACAAAGUUGAUGGUGAAAGACACCUUUGUCAACUAUUCCGUUUUGGAGCGACCAACAUGUGAUGGGUUGCAUUGGAAUCAUCACUCGAAAAGAGGAUCUUUUAUUACAAAUUCCAGUGAACACACAGCAAGAGCAAACGCUCAGGGAUAUUUAGCGCACGAAUAUGGAGAUCCUCGAAUGCUUGAUAAUCGCUACUAUGCAACGAUCCAAAACGGAAGGGAUUGUGAUCAGAUUAUCCACAAUAAUAGGCCAAAAGCGGAUAUUUCUUUGAAAAUAGCAUCUGAUCGCACAGAAUCCCACUGUUUCUCAUCAAGAGCACGGUCUUUUAAAGAUCCCUCAACCUAUCGAGGAGUUUCCAACCAAAGAGUUCCAGCGCUAUACCAUGGGAAUUCUCCGGCACACGACGGCAAUUUUGUCUGUUCGAGAAGUAAAAGCAGCACUCCUUGCAAUGGGGAAUUGAAGGCAAUAACGGCCAAUUCUACGGCAGAUGUGGAUGGCGGUGGGUUAGAUUAUGUUUCUGCCGCACAUGAUUUUGAUUUAUUUGCUCCCAUACCGAGUUCUAGACACCUCAGCAAUUCAAAGCCCGACAAUUUUGAACCUUAUACUCGCGUAAAGCCUGACCACGUCAGUUCUCGAAGAAAUCGAGACAAGACAGGUCAACACCCAACAAGGACAGACUCUUUUCAUACGCGUGAGCGCGCCAUUAUUCCGGAUUCAGAAAAAUUCAUCGGUUCUUUUCGAUCAGAAAAUCGCUCUGAAAGCCCUCUAUGUAGGAUCAAGCCACACGAUUCCGAUCUUUCACGGGGCACCAAAAGAAAGAGAGAAGGCCCUUUUGAUAACAUUGAAAAUACACGCUUCAAUUGUGCAGAACCAAAAGAUAAUAGUUUAUGGGGAAUGCAGGAAAUGAAGGAUAAAAAGCCAGUUGAUUUUUUUUCAACCGAUUUCUCAUCUUCGGUCAACCUGAUGAAGACAUCAAAUCCAGUCGAUGAAUUUGUGCUUCUUGAAGGCAAAAAGUCUAAAUCAAAAUUUGGUUGGAAUGUUCUUGACGGCAAUAACAGCUCUGAUUCGACAGAUCUUCGCCAGGCUGAUUGCCAAAUGUCUCUUCCUCAACCAUCUGGAUCUAAAACAUUUCUUUCUGACGAUUGGGGCGCAGCCGAUAGUCACUCCUCCUGGGGCGCAGCCGAUAGCCAUUCCUCCUGGGGCGCAGAUCUUAAACAGACAAGUGGUCAUUCGAGGAAAUCCAAAUUUCAUUCCAUUAAGGACGAUAAGGAAAAUUUAGCAAGAGAUUUACCAUCUUCCAAACGGGUGGAUACUUUGAAGCAAAAGUCAUCUUGGUCAAGUAUUUCCGAUCGUUCAAAUAUGACUGUAUUGACGGGACUUUCCAAUGAGAAAGAAAAUGUGUCUAACAUGGCUCCAGAAUCUGAGCUCGCAAGCAAACUCGCCAAAAGCCACGAUGCUUCUAAAAAUGCUGUCUCGGGCUGGGACAACAUACCCGGUUGGGGAGAGCCUAUAGACAACAUACCUGGCUGGGAAGAAUUUAGAGAAACUUUGCAGAACACGCCAAAACCCUCGAAAAGCACAUCCACGCCCACAAAAAGCAUGCUAUUACCUUCGCAGGCUGAUUUUGGAGGCAAAGUUAAUUGUUCUGAGCACAUUUUUCCAUCCUCCAAACCAAUAGCUUCUUCGUCAGGAUUAUCCCCAAAGCGCCUAUUAAAGUUAGAAAAGCUAACUUCUCAAUUCUUGAAGCUGAUAUCAAAGGUGAUGGAAACAGGAUCCCGAGCAUCGAUAAAGGACUGUGGCGAUCCUGUUCUUGAAGAAUUGUUCUUUGAAGCGUCUUUAAAGGCAAUCGAGACAAAAGGUCUUAACAAGCAUCUUGUAGAUCCUUUUUACGACAAGCUUCAUCUUCUGUAUCUCAUUAACGAGAUCUUUAUCGCCCAAUCUGAAGCGUUUGGCGGUGUUCUCGCGUUCAACUUGACAGCAAGAUGUUCCUUCAUCUCGGUUAUAGCGAAAAGAAUAUUUCACAUUGCCUUUGACGAAGCAGCCUCUAGUCGCGAUGCAAAGCUGGUCCUUGUAAAGCAACGGCAUUUUGGCCCCUACUUUUUGGAAUCCUUGUUCAGCUUGGAUGAAGAUCACAUGCGAGAAAAUCUGCUUCAGCAAGCGCAAGAAGAAACCUUUCUCCCCCAAAGGGACAUACCUUUGCUUCAGGAUGACCUUUUCGAUUAA